AUGGAUCGAAUUGGAUUUGGACUCCAAGUACUGCUCUUGGCAGAGGUUACAGCUAAACAGCAGUUUACUUUCCCUGGAAAUGGCAACUUUAUUACCAAUGACACUCAGUAUGUGUACAAACAAGAAUCAAACUUGACACGCCUCCAACUGGGCAGCUUCUCCAGCAAUCCGAACAUUACGGCAAUUGAACAGGCGGAAGAGUUUCCGACCCGCAUUGUCAAUGGCAAACGGAUUUCUUGCCAGCGUGCUCCUUACCAAGCAGCCUUGCACUACAACGGAUUGUUUGUGUGCGGCGGCAGCAUCCUGUCCCGUUAUUGGACACUCACAGCGGCACAUUGUGUUGCCGGCAGCAAAGGAAAAUUCCAGGUGCGAGUGGGAUCCACACAGCAACGCCGAGGUGGCCAGUUCCAUCGUGUAAGACUUAUUGUUGUCAAGGCCGGCUACAGCAGCAAAUCCAUGCGGAACGAUUUAGCCAUGAUGCGUCUUGCCACGCCCCUUCGCUAUGGGAUCUGUGUGCAGCCCAUUAAAUUGCCCAGUGACAAGAGGAAGCAUCUGCCCAACUGCUUUCUGGUCAGCGGUUGGGGGUUGAGUCAUGCAUCUGCCCUGAACGUGCAACGUUUUCUGCGUGGCACAGUCGUCUGCAAGGUGACGCACAAUCGCUGCCGCCAGAUGUAUCAUCGAGGUGGGGUCCAAAUCUAUCGACAAAUGCUAUGCGCCCAGCGCUUGGGUCAUGACAGCUGCUCCGGUGACUCGGGUGGACCGCUGGCACAUGGACGAACUCUUUACGGCGUUGUGUCCUUUGGCAUUGGAUGUGCCAACGCCAACUAUCCGGGCGUAUAUGCGAACGUGCGACGAUUUAAGCGCUGGAUACUCAGCGUCAUCCUGAAAUAUUCUUUAAAUGCUAAGUUCGGCUGUCUGCUUGGCCAAAUAUCACUGCCAUAUGCGGUGGGCGUGCUCCGCUAA